AUGGUUUCUAUCAUCCGACCUCGCACCAUUAGCGUUGCUGUGCUGGUGAUGGCUUAUAAUGCCAUGGCAGCAGCCCCGCAAGCUGAAAAUGUCGCCGUCCACGCCCGUGACAUUUGGGAUGGGUCCGACUCCUACGGCAUAGGCUACGAUAAGCGUUCUUUCAGCCAGCGCUCUCUCGCGGAUGAUGAGGUGGCAGCCCGAGCCAGAGAUGUUCUGCAGGCCCGAUCCGAACUAGCCCAUGUUGACAAGCGGUUUUUCCAAAUCCUCAAGGGUAUUAUAAAGGGCGCUAGCAAGGCCGGAAAGAGUGACAGCCCAUGCUAUGGCAAGGGCCCGAAGUGUUACAAAAAGGAGAAGGCGAAGCAGGAGAAGAAGGCGAGAGAGAAGAAGAAGCCGCAGGAAAAGAAGAAGCUGACGACGAAGAAGAAGGGGAAGAAGGCAAAGGGUCAGGUGAAGAAAGGGAAGAAAGGGAAGCGAUCUCUAAUUAUGUGA